UUCCAGUUGGUUUGGGGCUCGUGAGUGUAGUUCGGUCUGUUGACCAGGCGGCUGCGCGUGCUGCCGUGCCUGGCUGCAACAUAUACAAGCAGUCAACAGUCAACAAUCACAACGCUCAAGCCGCUCAGAAACGUUAACGCUGUCGUAUUUACUCCCCCAAAACCGUUCAAUCUUCCUCUCUAUCACCGGCACCUGUGCCCCCUCACAAGCCGGGAGAGAGUGGGGGUCCAGAGCGGGGCGAGACAGCACGGACCGACCAGCAUGGACCCCCAAGUGAAGGAUCGAACUAGCCUGGCUGCAGGGGGCUUUAGCGGGCGCCUGGCCUCUCUUGGAGCCGACGGGGGUGACUCGGAGUCCGGAGCCGGCUCGGAAGAAACUGGCUGCUGCAGCGACACGUUCAGCAGUCUGCCCGACAUGGAGCAGGAGACACUGGAAGAGAAAUUAAGAGGACUGGCGUUCAGAAAACAGACCUCCUAUCGGAAAGCGAUCUCCCGCUCAGGCCUCCAGCACCUCGGUCCACCUCAACCCUCCCCGCCUCCCGCAUCCAACGGGCCCAGCAAGGAGCUACGUACCUCCGUGGACUGGACGGAGAAUGCAGUGAACGGGGAUCACCUGUGGAUGGAGACGAGCUGUUCAGGAGAGCUCUGUUAUCUCGGAGAGGACACCUGCCUACUAAAGGCCGCAAAGUCAGCCCCCAGGAGGAAAUGUGCUGUCUGUAAGAUCGUUGUUCACUCUGGCUGUAUAGAGCAACUAGAAAAGAUUAACUUCCGAUGUAAGCCAACCUUCAGAGAGGGUGGAACCCGGUGCCUCCGAGAUCAGAACAUACUGAGGCAUCACUGGGUUCACAGACGAAGACAGGAUGGGAAAUGUCGACAGUGUGGAAAGAGUUUUCAACAGAAGUUCUUCCACAGUAAAGAAAUCAUCGCCAUCAGUUGUUCCUGGUGUAAACAGGCAUUCCACAAUAAGGUUACGUGUUUCAUGCUGCACCAGAUUGAGGAGCCAUGUUCACUGGGGGCUCACGCUGGAGUCAUAGUCCCACCGUCCUGGAUCAUCAAAGUUAGGAAACCACAGAGCUCACUUAAGAACUCUGCCAGGAGAAAAAAGCGGACAUCUUUCAAACGAAGGACAAGCAAGAAGGGGCUGGAUGAGUCUAAAUGGCGUCCGUUCAUGUUGAAGCCUCUCCCGUCCCCUCUCCUGAAGCCUAUCUUGGUUUUUGUCAACCCCAAAAGUGGAGGCAACCAGGGUGCCAAGGUGUUACAGAUGUUCAUGUGGAUUCUAAACCCUCGACAAGUCUUUGACCUGUCACAGGGGGGGCUGCGAGAGGCGUUGGAGUUGUAUCGGAAAGUGCCAAAUCUGAGGAUCCUUGCCUGCGGAGGGGACGGCACGGUGGGUUGGAUCCUGUCCACUCUAGAUGAGCUUCAGAUGAACCCCCAGCCUCCGGUCGCUGUUCUUCCUCUGGGAACAGGAAAUGACCUCGCCAGGACGCUCAACUGGGGUGGGGGUUACACAGAUGAGCCAGUGUCCAAGGUUUUAUGUUAUGUGGAGGACGGUACAGUGGUGCAGCUGGACAGGUGGAACCUUCUAGUAGAGAAAGGUGCUGCGCAGCAAGAGGAGGGCACACAGAAGCUGCCUCUGAAUGUGUUUAACAACUACUUCAGCCUGGGCUUCGAUGCUCACGUCACCCUGGAGUUCCAUGAGUCCAGAGAGGCCAACCCAGAAAAGUUUAACAGUCGCUUCCGCAACAAGAUGUUCUAUGCAGGAGCUGCAUUCUCAGAUUUCCUCCAGAGAAGCUCAAGGGACUUGUCCAAGCACGUCAGAGUGGUGUGUGAUGGUACCGAUCUAACAGCCAAGAUCCAGGAGCUGAAGUUUCAGUGCAUUGUGUUUCUAAACAUUCCCAGGUACUGUGCUGGCACCACGCCGUGGGGAAACACAGGCGACCACCGGGACUUUGAACCGCAGCGUCACGACGACGGCUGCAUCGAGGUUAUUGGCUUCACCAUGGCCUCAUUGGCCGCACUACAGGUCGGCGGUCAUGGAGAGAGACUGCACCAGUGCAGAGAAGUCGUCCUUACUACCUUCAAGACUGUACCUGUUCAGGUGGACGGUGAGCCGUGUCGACUGGCUCCCUCCACUCUUCGAAUCUCCCUUCGAAAUCAAGCCAACAUGGUCCAGAAGAGUAAGAGACGCACAUCUGUGCCCCUGCUCAAUGAUAUUCAGAAGGUGUGUGCAGCUGAUCUGCGCCGCCUCUCUGCUCCUCCCGACUCCUUCUCUGUUCCUCACGCAGUUCCAGAUCGUUUGCGUCUUCGAGUGAAUCGGAUCAGCCUCCAGGAGUACGACAGGCUGCAGUACGACAAAGAACGACUACGAGACAUCUCCAUCCCAGUAGGCAUUGUGGUGGUGAGGGGGGACUGCGACCUGGAGACAUGCAGACUCUACAUUGACAGAUUACAAGAGGACUUACACCAGGCGCCAUCUACUGGCCACAGAGUGCACUAUCAGGAUGAGAGCAGAGGCGUCCCCCGGACCAGUUCAAGCAGUAGACUCUCUCCUAACUGGAGCUUCUUGGAUUCCACAUCAGCUUUCCGCUUCUAUCGCAUCGACAAGGCUCAGGAGCACCUUCACUUUGUGACAGAGAUCUGUCAGGACGAGGUGUAUAUCUUGGAUCACGAGGGACCAAUGGGGAGCCAGGGAUCGUCCACGGGGAUGCCUGAUCUGGUGGUGGAGCCUACAACUGGUGUUUCCCUGACAUCUGAGGAACAAGCCCUGCUGAAAGCCGCCAGUACAGGAGAUCUUUCUAUGCUGUCGGAAUGUGUGCGUCGAGGCGUCAGCUUGUUGGUUAGAGACUCUGCGGGUUGUUCAGCGUUACAUAUAGCUGCCCAGGAGGGACACACAGACCUGGUCAGCUUCAUACUGCAACAGGGCUCUAAGGUGCUUCUGGAUUUGACUGACAGAGAGAAAGGGGAAACUGCCUUGCACAAAGCAGCCUCAGAGAAGCAGCAUGCUGUGUGUCGACUCUUGGUGGGGGCCGGGGCGUCGCUCGAAAAGACAAACUUCCAAGGGAAGACACCAGCGGACCAGGUGGAGGGAGACUCGGAGCUCGCCACCUUCCUGAACGCCCAACAACACACAUCUUCUCUUGCCGCUAACGAAGACUUGGAGACGGCUGUCUGAGGCGCACACACUCUCACACACACUCACUCGGUCUCUCUGGACUCUGCACACACUCGGUAGUGGAGACAAACCUGGGAGAGGAAAGUGUCGAGUCCGGCUGGUCUCCGCAGACGGCGAGAUGCACGAGACAGACCAGAGGAGUGAACUGGUUCCGCUCACAGCAGCACUGCAGUGGAGAUUUUAUUGGUCAACUAUUUAUUUGUAUUUAUUUAUUCAUAUUCUAUUUAUUGGUUGUGCUGAUUGAUUGGUUGGUUGACUGAGUGAUUGAUCGUAGGACUACUUAGUGUUCAGGAUGCGAGUGCACAAGCCGUCGUGAGUUCACGUGUCGUUUUGGAGAUCUGAACUCAUAAAAACUUGUUUAUUUUGGUCACAAUUCAUAUUUUAGGAAUGGAUUCACUCAGUAAGACUGGAAAAACAGGUGUUGUUCAAACAUUUAAAAGCAGUUAAAAAAAGAUUUCUGUUGAGAAUAAUCAAAAUAUCUUAAGUUUUCUACAUGUUUACCCCCAGAAACCUGUGUGCCAAAGACAUUACACAGACGUAGUGUUGUAUGUUUUGUUCCCACAAUCUAUUACAGUGGUUUGUUUUCACGUGAAUCUCUGCUUUCAUACCAAAUUAUAGUAUAUAAUGUAAAUGUUUCCAUCAUGCCGUUUCAUUCAGCGUCCACAUUACUGGGUCCACGGGGGGCUUUGAUAACCUUGUAAAUCAAAAAUCUCUUAUUUUAACUGUCUCACAUUAGUAUGGAAGAAAGGAAAAAAGGAAUGUAUUUUUAUAGCACUUUCUAAAACCCGAGCUGGAAAUUGCUAAAUGGAAAGUGGUCAAACGUUUUCAGAUAGUAAACAAAUGAGAUGAAUGUGUAAUGAAUUAUAAAGAUCCCAGGCUGCACAGAAAGGGCUGUUAAAGGCCUUUUUAAAAGCUGACCUGAUACUGCGGAGGUUGUAACUCCACUAAGAGCCAACCGGAGGGGUCCAAACAAUACAUUUCAAGGGUCACAAAAUAAUUAAAGAAAAUAUAUACUUCUGUCACACAAAAUAAGGAUUAUUUUUAUUUAGUUUUUUCUUUCUAGAAUACUUGAUACUUUGACUUUUUCAGGCAUCUAAAGACUUUUCUAAUUAAACAAUCUCAGAAGGAAAAAAGAUCUCUUUGCUCAAACUGUUCCCAAUUUCUAUUGAUUUGUUUUAAGGUGUCAGAAGCUGAAAGAAGGUUGGGAAUCGCUGAGUCAUUCCACAGUGUUGAAGCUUAAACAACAAUUCCCCCAUUUGCCUUUAACCUUGAUCACAGAACGUCUUGAGAGAUAUGGUUU